AUGGAGACUCUACCAAAGGAUCAGUGGCUAUUGCCAGCUAUUCUUGACCAUCGAGCCCAGACUACACCAGGCGAUCCAUAUUGUAUGCUGCCAUCCGGAGACAAUCUAACCGAUGGGUUCUUCGAGCUGAGCUAUGCGGCGAUGGCUCGCGCGGUCGACAGGACGGCAUGGUGGCUCGACGAGGUCUUGGGUCAGCAAAAUGCUCACAAAUCAUCCACUGACGCACAAGCCGUACCAUAUAUUGGUCCUGAUGAUCUGCGGUACUUCUUGCUCAUGAUAGCGGCUAUCAAGACAGGGAGGGUACUCAUGAUACCAUUUCCAGCAAAUACCGUUGAGGGUCUGAGUGAACUCCUUCGCUUGACUGAUAGUACUGUGGUUCUGGCACCGAACUCACACAAGCAUAUCUGGAGCUCUCCGAUCGAGACACAUCCAGCGAAAGAAAUCGAUGUGCCCAGCCUAGAGUACUUCCUUGAGGCGGUUCCGACUGAUAAAUACGAGUUUAAUCAGACGCUCACUGAUAGCUAUGACGACGGCGCCAUUUUAUGCCAAACGAGCGGGACCACCGGGAAGCCGAAGCCAAUCAAGAUGACGAACGGCAAUAUCGCUGACUAUAUACUGGCACCAGCCGUAGAGUCACGACAGGCAGCGGAGGACACCGACAAACUCGCGGUCUUUGCAGCCUUGGAACGUAGAAUGGGUCCAGUCCUGACGCCAAUGAGCUGGGCAGCUACGCCUCUCAUCGCCUGCUGGGCGGCGUUUGCCGGAGACUAUGUGCCCAUAUUCCUCCCUUACACCACAGCACCGAGGCCACCAACACCAGAAUACAUCAUCGACAUGACCAAAUCCCUACCGCGAUCCGCGACUCGGGAAUUGUCAAUAUUCGCCGUCCCAGAUCUCUUGCGGCAGCUUGUGCGCUCGGAAACCGGGCGAGAGUGUCUUCGUCAAUACGCUGUGGUCGAGUAUGGUGGUGCCCCACUUGAUCACGAGACGGGGGAUAUCAUCCACAACAUGGGCGUGCGUGUCCAGUCUUUCAUCGGAUCCACGGACUCGGGGAUCUAUCCCACCCGCUUCGAUGAGCCCGGUGAUUGGAAAGUGGCACGCUUCGAAGACGGCUAUCAAGGCUACGAGAUGGAGCAGUUCCAUGACGAUCUUUACGAACUUGUAAUCCGCAAUCAAGGCGACGAUCCCAGAUUCUGUUUUCAGAAAGAUCCUGGUUUGAAGAUCUUCAGGACCAGAGACCUGUGGCGCGAGGUGCCCGGACGAAAGAAAUAUUGGUCGAAUGCUGGCCGAGUGGACGAUUUCGUCAAGCUGUCGAGCUUGACCAAGUUCAAUGCCAUUGCCAUUGAGCAGAUGAUUGAGGCUGAUGGUAAUAUCGCAAAAUGUGUCGUCGCAGGCGACUCGCGAAGCCGGCCAUUUGUGCUCGUGGAACCUGCUGCUCGUGGCGAUAGUGAGGGAGAGACUCUGAAGAUGGUAUUGCCAGCGCUUGAAGAGGCGAACAAGCACUUGUUGUCCGAGGCACAUCUGCUGAAGGACUUGAUGCUGUUGACCGACCCAGAUAUUCCAAUCAUCAGGACUGGGAAAGGCACUGUCAGUCGGCGUGCUACACUGGAUGUAUACGAGAAGCGGAUUGAAGAGCUAUACAUUAGAGCAGGAUUUGAGGCUGUACCCUUCAAAGCCACAGGUGAAGCUAUGACGAAUGGACAUCACUGA